AUGACAUCUAGAUACUCAGCCGCUGGCGGCGCUCAUCAGAGAGGGGAUUUACGUACUCAGCUAUUUAGUACACCUGGUCAACACAAUUUUACAGGAAUACGCCUGCUGCGUAGUCAAACACCACCACUGCGAUCCAACAUGUCAUCACCGUAUGAUCCCACACCAAGAGCAUCAUCAUCUAAUGCUAAAUUUGACGAGUCAUUACUAUCAUCACUAGAAUCACAGAAUGACGAAGAGUUGAACACCAUGGGAGCCAAAAUCAACAUGUUGAAGAAUUUGGGAGAGAAAAUGGGCGUUGAAAUUAACAAGCUGGUUAAAUUGAAUGAUGAAAUAACGAAUGGAUUUGAAAGGGGGAAAGUCACGUUGAAAAACACGUACAAUAAAAUGGUUGUAAUGAGUCAGCGAGCAGGAAUUAGUUGGAAAAUGUGGUUACUUGUGUUUGGGAUUGUUGUGCUAUUUUUCUUUUACGUGUGGAUAACGUGA